AUGCUGGAGGAUGACGAUGGCGGAGGGAGUGAAGGAGGUGGGGGAGGUGGAGGACGGGCCCAGGCGAGUGGAGGGUCGCCUGAGAAAUCCGACGAAGAAAAUCUUCUCUGUAUAACAGAAACAGAUGAAAAAGAGAAGGAAAACGAAAACGAAAGAGAAAGUGAAAGGGAAAGGGAUAGGGAAAGUGAAAGGGAAAGAGAAAGGGAAAGAGAAAGGGAAAGAGAAAGAGAGGAAGUGGAAGAGAGUGAUAGAGAGGAGAGGGAUAGAGAGAGAGAAAGAGAUAGGGAUAGGGAAAGAGAGAGAGAUAGGGACCAACCCAUGAGCACUCCAGAGGGAAAUACAGAAAGUGCCCUUGAAAAAGAAAAGAGUGGAACUAGCGGCUGCAGGCUAAGAGGGGUCGGAAGUCGCAGUUCCAUAACGAUAGCGGGGCCGGUAAAGCAGCCUCCAAUUCACCACCGCCCGAGCAAACCUUGUUGCUUCUGCUGGUGCUGCUGCUGCACUUGUUCAUGGUAUGUAUUCAUUUAA